CACAGAUAAACACUGCUGAGCAGGAGCGAAGACUACUCCAAAGAAACAGUUUGCCUGCACAGCCUAUGCUAAGCUAAUAAAAAAAAUAAAAUGCGGUUAUUUAAGAGAAAGAGUAGACCUAGGUGGAACGAUAUCAGGAGACCUUUAAUAGAGAACAACAACAACAAUAUACCAUGUGAGCACCACCAGGCAGGUAAUGAAAACCCCUCGCUCAGGACAUGUUCAACACCCACACGGAACAACCCUUACAGAGUGAGGAGGAGAUCCCGCCUCAGCCAUUAGCUGAACGUCUUGGUUUGACCCCUGAUGCCUGCAUCACUGAGGACCAGAAAGAGAAUGUUGCUCACCUCAUUCAAAGAUCUGUGUCCCAGCACUUCCCAAAGCCACCGGCAGAUCUGAACCAGAACCUUCAGCAGCACCUGUUAAAUGUGCAGGAAACUUUUCACAAUGAGCGUUUGAAGCUGGGUCCACAGAGGACAUCUACGGAGUUGGAAUGUCUGAUUGUCAUCUACCAUAUCAAGACAUUUCAUCACCUCAUGGAUCUACUCCAGAACAUCAGCUCCUCCCAGAAGUUCUUUGUGCUGAUGAAGUGGGUCCUGCAUACAUAUCUGAGUCAGGACCUGCUUGGUCAUCCCGAACUUAAAGAAAUGGAUCCCAUAAAAAAAGUCGACCUCCUACUGUUGACAGAAUGGGUCCAAAAUGCAAAGAACAAACUGCUUGAGAAAGUGCAGAAAGAGGUCAGAGAAUCACUGGAGAAUAUCCUGCAGAUUGAGAGAAGCCAACAAGGUUGUGAUUGUGAGGAAGCUUAUGUUCAACUUUAUGUGGACACUAUUCAGUGCAUUGAGGCCAAGUCAAAAGAAGCAAAAAAAAUCAGCUUGAAAGUAUAUUUUCUUGUGCAGAAGGUUUGUUUCCAAGAGCUGCUGACAUUUCUGAAGAGGUACACAGUUGAGCAGGCCAAGAUUCUUGGGGAAAAGGCGAAAAUAGACGCACCAGAAACAAUAUACUUCUUCAAGACUUUGAAAACCUGCAUCGAAUUAAAGCGGUUCGUCCAGACCAAACGUAAACACAUCAAAAGUUCGCUUUGCAAUGAAAUUGUGGCAACACUUGAAAACAUGGAAGAUUUUACUUUGAAACUUCUGCUGGACGUUGUAUCUGAGAUUGCAGAGAUCCACCUCGCGAAGUACUUCAAAUCGAGGAACAAGCACUUUUUCUUCUUAAUUGACAUAGUAAAGAUGCAUUUCCCCAAGUUGUCGUACUGCAAGGAUGUACUAAAGAUAGUGAUGGACGGGGUCUAUAAUAUCAUCGCUCACGUUUACCUCAAAUAUCUGGUCCAAAGCCGCCAGAGCAAACUGGAGAGUUGCUGGAAUCCUAAUGUCGGGCAAACUGUCACUGAAGAUGCUGAGCUACUUCACUACACCAUCUUAGACCUGGCUCCUGGUGUAAGACAGUGGAACUUCACGCUGCUGAAAGUCCCAGAGCUGUUGGAGUGCAGAGACACAGAAGCGGUGAAGAUCAUAGUUGCAGUCAUGCAGCAUGCAUGUCCCACAUGGAGCGACAACCUGCAGCUCCUGCCCGCGCUGCUGCGAUUUAAGGGUCUUUCUUGGGGGCAGGUCAAGGAGGUACUGGAUGCCCUUCCUGGGCAACAACCCGUAUCUAUAUUCUGGUUCUACUUUUUUAAUUGCUGGUGAAGACUGAGCUGCUCUACAGAGAAUCAACAGCAACAAACACAGAGACGGAGCUGAUUGUCCAAAACGUUUGAGAGACUCUUGAUGAACUUUUCCGAUCAACUGAAUCCUGUUAAAACUCCGUUACUGAUGUCAAUACUCAGAUAUAAUCUAUAGAUAAGUAUAUAAAGACAAGUUACAAGUUUUUAUAAGCAAUGAAACUAAAAGUGUUUUUGUAAUUUCAGAAAACUCAUUUUUGUUGAAUCUUGUUUGCGAAUAUUUCUCUUUUUUAUGAGAAAUUAUGUAAAAUGACUGAAUCAGCGCACGCAUAACUUUCAAUGCUUGUGUUGUUAAAAACGUCAUCCUUAUUUAUCAUGCUUCAUAAAAUGACAGGAUUGCUAAAUCUAUGCAUUGGUAGCUGAUAGGUUCUCUUUUUAGUUAAGUUUUAAAACCAUCAUGUUUUUUUAUGUUGUUAAAGUUGUUUACUUGUGUAUGUUUUUAAAUAUUUAAGGGAUUUAUGCUUGAGGGCUAUUUGCAUGAUGUCUCAGGGUGAUUGCACGUCGUUAACAGUAAAUUCUGAUGAUAAUUUAGCUGAACUGGUGUUACGUAGUUUAUAGGGAAGAUGUUUUUGUUGAGCUCUGAUAAUCAAAAGACAAAAACAAAAAGUUUAAAGAAACUGAAUUAAAGGGCAAUGUUAUCUUUUUUGUUCUGUUAUACAGUUACAAAAUUACUCUUCAAGUCAAAGAAAUGUAACUGCUAUGAUGAAAAUGCCUUAUUUCUUAGUUAUCAUAUUUACAUUUUUAUAUUAUUUAUUAUUAAGAUUAUAAGAUUAGUCUAUUAAGUUAGUUUAUUUAUAUCAAUAUCUAGAUCUUUUACAAAAACAUCCUCACUAUUCACUAGCCUACAAUCAAUAAUACAACAUCAGACUUACUGAUACUGUUAAAAGCAAAGAUUCUUCCGUCAUAUUUACUUUUGAUUACACUUCUGAAUUGUGCUUGAUUCUAUUCAAACUGAGACUGAACAAAGCUCUCAAUCUACUACUACUAAUCACUACUGUAAAAUACUGUCAUUUCUUUCACAUUUUUAAUGAUGCGUUCCACUUUUUGUAUGAGGUGUACUAUAUUGGUUUAGUGGUUUUACUUCCCUCUUUAAUCACAACACAAAGACUUAUUUUCUGCUUCAGUGUUUUUGUAUUUGUUAAUGUUGCUGGUUACAGGGACAAAAAAUACACCUUUUCUGUCAAUAAUGUAAUGAAUAAACUUCAGUAAAUCAAUAAAACAUUAAAUUUUG